UACUUCCAGCAUGGCGGCGUCCACGAGCGGCAGUGAUGGCACGGAAUCGGGUGUUCCAAGCGGAGUCUCAGCAGAGUCGAACCCAGGGAUCGAUCAGUUUCAGUACAGUGCUCUUCUGGAUCACCUAAUAGGAGACAAGCGGCAGAUAAAGGAGCUAAAUCCCAUGGUAAUGGGCGCCCUUCCGAUGCCCCAUAAAAGCGAUGAGCAAAAGAAAAUCGAACGGGCGAUGGAGAGCUGCACUUUCAAAGCGGCGUUUGCCUGUGUUGCAGGAGCUGUGCUGGGAGGUGCGUUCGGCAUUUUUACGGCUGGUAUUGACACAAACGUUGGAUUUGACCCCAAGGAUCCCAUGAGGACGCCAACAGCAAGAGAAGUCCUGAAAGACAUGGGAAAUAGGGGCAUGUCGUAUGCAAAAAAUUUUGCCAUCGUGGGCGCAAUGUUUUCCUUCACUGAAUGCUUGAUUGAAUCACACAGAGGUAAAUCGGACUGGAAAAACGCUGUUUACAGCGGCUGUGUAACUGGGGGAGCAAUUGGAUUCCGAGCUGGCCUGAAAGCCGGAGUGCUUGGCUGUGGAGGCUUCGCCGCCUUUUCUGCUGCCAUAGAGUACUACUUACGAUGAUGAGCACCACCACAAGAUGUUUUUUUUUUGUUUCUUUUUGAAAAAACAAAAAACUGUAUUUGUGGCCUGUUGGUUUUUGGUCACGACAUGGAUGGAGCUUGGCUGCGGCCAUGAGGAGUGAUGUUUGUGGAUCUGUGGAUUAUGGGGACCAGAGAUGCUCUUUGUCAAUGUGCUCCUUAUGGAUAUUGCAUCGUAAGUGCCGCUUGACUCCAGUCCUCCAGGGCUGGACGGUGUCAGGGUUUCACCUGCAGUUGAGCCCUAAUGAAAUCAGUUUUGUAUACUAAAGAUCUGGCCUUACAGUUUGAAACUGAGAGAUGUGUAAAGACCUGCUGGGCUGUGGCCUCUCAAGGCUGGGGUUUAGCUCCUGUAUAAAAUCUCAAGAUUUCACAUAAUUGAUUUUUGGACCGAUUUGUUUUUGAUUUUGUUUUGAAGUAUUUAUUGUAAAAUAAAUGUACUCAAGAAACAAGUGUAAUCCUGAUCAAAUUUGAGCGUGCUGUCUUCAUUUGAUACGGAGUAGCUGUUCUGUAGCCAGCCAGUGCAGACCUGUUCAUAUAAAAGGAAGCCAUGAAUCCUUUACGCACUAUUGUGUAUCCAGCAAAGGGUAAACUAUCUGUAUAAUUCACAGUGCACUAAACAUGAAAUGUCUGGUGUUCCAUUUAUUGGAUUGCCACUGGCUUGUUUCUUGAAUGUCUGAUCAAACCAACACAUGUAAACUACAGAAACGAUA